UUAACAUUAUAUUUGAUUGUUUUAUCUGUUCAUACGGUUUCAUGAAAUAGCGCAACAUUGUGAAAACAAAAGUAUUCAAAACCGAAUUAAAAGAUAAUCCCAUUAACUGAUAAGAAACCGUUAUAUUAUAAAACUCGAACAUUCCCCAGAUAAAUAACAUUGAGUGCAGUGAUUUAGGAAUACUAACAAUGGCUCUGCGUUGGGGAAUCGCCGGUUCGGGUAAAAUCUGCAGUGAUUUUGUGACUGCCGUCAAAGUGCUGCCUGUCGCUAAUCACCAAGUGGUUGCGGUGGCAGCCAGAUCGCAAUCAAGUGCGGAUAACUUUGCCAAAAUAUUCAACAUCCCGAAAGCCUAUGAGGGUUAUCAAAAACUCGCCACCGACAGCAACGUAGAAGUUGUGUAUAUUGGAGUGCUCAAUCCCCAACAUUAUGAGGUAGCCAAGUUGAUGUUGAAGAACGGCAAGCAUGUGUUAUGCGAGAAACCAUUUACAAUGAACGAGAAACAAACGACGGAACUUUUGGAAUUGGCGAAGCAGAAGAGAUUGUUUUUGAUGGAAGCGGUUUGGUCUAGAUGUUUCCCAGUUUACAAGGAACUCGAACGCAUUAUUAAAAGUGGUGAAUUGGGCGAAAUCAUGCACGCCUCAGUGGAGUUCGGUUUUCCUUUGCAAGGUAUCGAACGCCUUACACAAAAAGAAAUGGGAGGCGGCGCUAUUCUAGAUCUGGGCGUCUACAUUCUACAAUUCCAACAGUAUGUCUUCAGAGGUUUAGAACCUACCAAAGUCCUUGCAUCUGGACAUUUAAACCAGUAUGGCACUGAUGUAGCGGUGUCGGCUAUACUGACAUACCCCGAAGGGAAGACAGCAACAGUAACAGCGAAUGCUGGAGUUGAAAUGCCAUGUGAAGCAGUUGUGGUCGGAACAAAAGGAACAGUGAAAAUUCCCAAGUUCUGGUGUCCCACGCAACUUAUUAAAAAUGGAAAGGUGCAGGAAUAUCCUCUUAUUGACAACAAAGGAACUUUCAACUUCUUUAACAGCGCUGGAUUGGCAUAUGAAGCUGACGAGGUUAGGGACUGCAUUAAAGAUGGAAAAUUGGAAAGUGAACGCAUAACUCAUAGUGAAACAUUACAACUUUCGAAACUUAUGGAUAAUCUUAGGAGUCAGCUUGGAGUUGUUUUCGACAGUGACAAAUAAGAUUUACGCAAAUUAUAAUUUAUUAAACGGUUUUAAAUAA